GCACGUGGGGAUUAAUGGUUUGAAUUGACGUGAGCGUGUCACUGUCAGAUGAGCGCGUGCGGGGAGCGACCUGUACAGUCGUACCUUUCUCAGCUGGAGGGUAAAGUUUACAGAGAGCCCGUUUAUCCCGCUCAACUCCCCGCUCAGGACUCACACACACCGCGCUGAGGCUGCUGGACGUGCCGGUGAGAGCAGCAUGUAGCCGGGCUGAGGAGGCUGCUGAGGUGCGUAUGUUAGAAAUCCCUGAUCGGAGCCGCUGACAGUGACAGAGUGACAGAGUACAGGAGGUCCAAGAGUGUUUGUGAGGAGCUGUGGGACUCUCUCUUCUCUGCACUGCAUGCUGCUCCUCUCCCCGCUUCUUCUCUCCGCCGCGGCCCGCUGUCUGCUCCUGCCCUGAUCCGAUCCCCGCAGGUGACCCUCCGGAGCCAUGGGUGGGAGUCUAGGCUGCCACCGCUCCAUCCCCAAGGAUCCCACCGACUUCAGUGGCGGCAAGCGUAAAUUCAGCGCCGCGUGUAACUUCAGCAACAUCCUCGUGAACCAGGAGCGGCUCAACAUCAACACCGCUACCGAGGAGGAGCUCAUGACUCUGCCGGGAGUCAACCGCACUGUGGCGCAAAACAUCGUGGAGUACCGGGACUGUAUCGGGGGCUUUAAAAAGGUGGAGGACCUGGCUCUGGUGAGCGGGAUCGGAGCCACCAAACUGGAGGUGAUCAAACUGGAAAUAUGCGUUUCCAGCAGGACCAGCUCGUCCCAGCACUCUCCGUCCUCUCUGCGUAAAGACCCGGACCACCAGUCUAGCACCGGCAUGAACAUUAACACGGCCACCCCGGCGCAGCUAAUGAGCAUCCGGGGCAUCACGGAGAAGAUAGCCAAGAACAUCGUGGCGUACCGGGCGGAGCACGGUCCGUUUAAGAGCAUCGAGGACCUGGUGCGGGUGAACCACAUCAACAGCUCUCUGCUGGACAAAAUCCGCUUCCAGGUGUUCGUGGAGCGCUCCAGGGCGCCGUCCACCAACACCAACGGAGGGCUCACCUGCACCACCAAGUCCCACCCGAGCCCGACCUCUCUCAGCAUCAUGAGCGACGACCUGGACCUGCCCCCCGGAGGACCGACACAGAUCAUCUCCGUGCGGCCCAACGUGGAGCCUCCGUCCGGCCUGCGGGACGGGAAGCCCGUGGUUCGGAUCGCCACCUGGAGUCUGCAGGGCUGCUCCUGCGACAAGGCGAACAACCCCGGGGUCAAAGAGGUCGUGUGCAUGACCCUGCUGGAGAACGAGUGAGUAUAGCAUCCAGAUUUUCCCUGAACUUCAUCCAUAAAGUCUGUGCUCUAAUUUAAAAGAUCAGUCAUUCUCAAAUAAGCAAUAAGAUCAAAUUUGGAUCUGUUAUAGGAAGGGCGGAUUAUGUAACAAAAUAUAAUUUAAUGAGCAGAAAACUAAAAUUUUAAAUCAGGAAAGCCUCACUGAGAUCAAGAUCCACAAUCAGCAGCAGGACUUUUUGGAAAAGUUCCAUACAAACCAUAACCGAUUCUGGAUGACAUAACAGAAAUUUAUCAGUCAAAGCAUCUGCAACCCUCUGCAUCUUCCUCCAACAUCCUCAGUCUGCUUUACAACAUUGAAAGAUAUCAGCCUCCAGACUCAAAUCCUCCUGCAGGAAGUUCAGAGCUGCAGGAGCUGAAGACCUAAAACUCUUUUUCCGCAUUUCAAGACACACUCUGGGGACACAGAGCAAAAAUAAGUCCUGUGAAUGAGUCACAGAGCGGAGACUGGAGUCUCUAACCUCUUUCAAAUGAGCAGAGUUACUUCAGUUAGAAGGAGGCAAGUUAAGAAAUUGUGUUAGAAAUGAGAACACGCCAGAGUUUGAGUUAGACCGACAUGUUUCAUCUGUAAUUCCUUAUUAUGGUGAGUGCAUUUAAAAAAAAAAGCCUAAAGAUGCUGCCUGAAGUAAUGCAGGAGGAUUAAACAGUAUCCCAGCAGGCAAAAAUGACAGACAACCAGACAAAGGAGAAAAGAUCUCAAAUUUAAGGAUCUGAUAACUGAAUUGACCAUUUUGUUAGAGGUAAAAGAUGAUUACAAAACCAGAAACCGUUAAAAAGAGCAGGGAGGAUCCGUGUGAUGAUCUUUUGUUUAUAUGCAAAUAAUUUGUCGGAUUGGCACAAAUAUUAAAAACGACAGUCACCCGUCAGCUGAGAAGUAGACCAACAACUCUUUGUUCUUUGAGGUGAAGUGACCGUUUCUGUUGAUCCAGUUUGAUAGCUCUCCAGCAGUUUGUGGUUUAAAACACACAAACGGUCAUUAUAGUGCAGCAAAUCUAUCAAAUACUUUAAAUCGUCUCUCAGCACACAAUCAGCUGCGUACCUUGAAGAUAUUUAGACUCUUCUUCUCAGUUUUAAAAUAACAAAAGCCCAACUUUUAGUAAGACCAGACCCACCAGGCUUCUAAGGUCUAGACUGGCUGUAUCAUGUUAAUCCUCUUUGAACUGAACAGUCUAAAGUCUCAGUAUAACCCCACUCUUUCCCCACAUUUACUUGGCACAAACUUCACAGAUUAGGUCUGAGUAAAACAGUUAAACUUGCUGAGUAAAACCAGUAAGGGCAGAAUAGGGGAGAAGCUGAAACUGGUUGUAAAGUCCUGUUUUUUAACCGCUAGUUUCUGGGCCAAACCUGUUCAGGACAAGCUGUGAGUGUGAUGCAACCCUUGUGAUUCCUCAACUUGGCCUCACUGGUACAGAAACAUGAACAGAGAACAGAGAGAGAGUUCUUCUGCCUUGAGAGUAGAUAACAAUAAAAACAGGCCUCUAUGAAUCCAGGUUAAUCUACCUGAGGACAACAUUUGACUGUCAGCCUUCACCGUCAAUGAGUAACCAGAUCAUUACAGCAGGACUCCACAUGAAAACAAGCUCAGAUGGCUCAUUAUUGACUUUUUUUGCUCACGUUCCCAGGUUAGUCUUUGUUUUCACUUCAGGAGGAAGGUGUGGUUAAUUUCUCUAAGAGUAUGUUGGCACCACGUAACAACCAAAAUACCUGAAGGUGUGAGGCAUUGGUGGUGAGCCCUGAUGGAGAAAAAAUGAUUACAGGAGGACGAUCCUGCAGGACAUGUUUUUAUUCUGAAAACCUAGUUUUCCCUACUUUCUGAACAGUCUGCUCUGCUUUAACAGAGGCCACUGCCCUAAACCCCAUCUGAAAAUGUGAUCAUUUUAAACCAGAUUCAAGGUUCAGUAUCUUUUUUUGUUACACACUGCAGUGUAAUGACUUCACUGCAAGGCUACACAAUAAAAACAUUAAGUGAAAACUCUUAAAAGACUUAAAAGGGGGAGUAAGAAUGUGGAAAUGUAAAAUAAUAAGCUAAACAAAAAUAUAUCCAGGGGUAUUUCUUUCUGGGCUUUUAUGCUUUUAUUCAUGGGGGACAGGACAGCGGAUAGAGUGGAGGACUGUAUGGGGGAGCAAUACAAGAACAAAGGCCACCCACUUAGAGGACUAAAGCCUCUGAACACAGGGUCCAUGAGUUUGACCACAAGACCAAACCGACGCGCCAAAUGUCACAUCUGUUAACACUGCUAGUAUUAUCACGACUACUUUCAGAUAGAGUUACUUGGUAGAGAUUGACUACUUAGACACACUCUCAUCAGCUCUGCUGUCUGUUCUGAAGUGCUCAGUUGUAGACAGCUGGGUUCUAGAAUGCUGGGUUUCAGACUAGUGGGUUCCUGAAUGCUGGGUUCCAUAAGAUAUGGUUCUAGACUGCUGGGUUCUAUGAGGCUGGGUUAAAGAAAAGUGGGCUCUUGAAUGCUAGGUUUCAAAAAAAGUGAGUUCUUGAAUGCUGGGUUCUAGACUUCUGGGUUCUAGAAUGCUGGGUUCCAGAAGACACGAUUCUAGAAUGCUGGGUUCUAGAGUGCUGGGUUCCAUACCGCUGGUUUCUAGACAACACGAUUCUAGAGCCUUGGGUCCUAGAAUGCUGGGUUCUACAAUGCUGGGUUUCAUACUAGUGGGUUCCUGAAUGCUGGGUUCCAGAAGACAUGAUUCUAGAAUACUGGGUUCUAGACUUCUUUUUUUUUUAAAUGCUGGGUUACAGACCGCUGGGUUCUGGACAACACCAUUCUAGUAUGCUGGGUUCUACAAUGCUGCGUUUCAGAAUUGUGGUUUCUAGAGUGCUGGGUUCUUGAAGACAUGAUUCUAAAAUGCUGCGUUCUAGACUACUAGGUUUUACAAUGCUGGGUUUCAGAAAAGUAGUUUCUUGAAUGCGGGGUUCCAAAAGACACGGUUCUAGUUUUCUGGGUUCUAGAAUGCAGGGUUCCAGACCGCGUGGUUCUAGACAACAUGGUUCUAGACAACAUGGUUCUAGAAUGCUGGGUUCUAGAUGACACAUUUCUAGAAUGCUGGGUUCUAGACAACAUGGUACAGAAAUGCUGAGUUUCAGACUGAUGGGAUUUUGAAUGCUGGGUUUUAGAAAAUAUGGUUCCAGAUUGCUGUCUUCCAGACUGCUGGAUUCUACAAUGUUGGGUUCUAAAUGCUUGGUUUCUAGAAUGCUUGGUUCUAGACUUCUGGGUUCUAAGGCUGGGUUCCAGACUUCUGGGUUCUACACACCUGGGUUUCAGACUAGUGGGUUCUUGAUGACAUGGUUCUAGAAUGCUUGGUUGGCACUGAUUGGCUUUCUUUUCGGGGGAUGUGUGAAAAACCGUUCUGGAAAACAUCAUGACCUGAGUGUCUCGAAUUAGUCUGGAUAUUGUCAUGAGUCCAUAGAGGUGAGGAGCUUGGUCUUGAUGCGAUUAAACCAUGAAAAUGGCCCCAAUUAAUCUCAGGUUAGCUUAUACCUGACUGAGCUUCAUUUGUCCGAAUCAAAAUGAUGAAAAAGCAUCCAGGUCUCCUCCUAACAGGUCAAAUACACAUCUGCUGAGUGAGUUGGAACUGCAGGUAAACAUAAAAAUAGUUCAUUUCCAGGCUUUUGUGAAGUGUUAAUUGAAUGUUUUCUGUCCCACCUUGACCAUCCAUGCAGACGUUUGCGCCCUGUUCUUUACUGUAUGGGCCCUCUUUUGCACGGGCUUUUGAUUGGGACCAUGCUGAAAGGCUGGAUGAAGAUGCACAUCUUGUGAAGUCAUACCUGGACAGAAGAGUGUGAUAGUUUGUUCUUAUAAGUGCUUUUAAAUCAUCAUUGUUUACUGAUCUAUCAGCCACACCCAGAGCAAACUGCCUUAGGUAAACCCUGCAGUCUCACAUGACUGAUCAAUUUGUACAAAGUACAUUUGCUGUUUGUUUUGAUUAGCGAUGCCUGAUUAGCUUUGGCGCCAUCUUAGCCCUGCGUCCCCUUUUCCAUCUCCUAUCAAACACACCCACCUUCUCAUAACCCUCCAUCCUCCAUCACAUCCUGAGUCCCUGUGAAGGGUAACAGUCCCGAUGGUGAUACUGUGAGGAUCAUUGUUAUGCAGGAGGAGAUGUGUGUGUAUACGUGUAUGAGUGUGUGUGUGUGUGUGUGUGUGUUUGCACAGUGCUCAGACUCCGCUGUGCGAGCUAUCACAAGAUCCAGGCUGAGUUUACACACUUCCUGGCUUACCUCCAGGCUCCGGCAGAGAGCUACUAGAGUUCAAUGAACUCCUGUUUGACAAAGGUUACACAGCAAACUGAGACUGCUGAUGGGAGUAAUCAGGCAGCUGUUAGUCAGACUAACACACGUACAGACUCACACAAAAAGACUCACACACACAGGACUGAGGGGAAUUGAAAGAGACACUUCCUCCUAUUAGCGGGUUAAUAUCGGACAAACAGGAGGUAUGAGUUAAAAUGAUUCAGAGCUGUCAGACCGGCUCUGAGGGUCUCAUCUGUAGUUCUUCUGUGUGUAAGAUCGCCACAGUGUGUCUGCUGUGUCAUGGAGUGUUGCAUUUUGCAACUUAAAUCCUGCAGGAAGCGAGAACUUAGUGCAACCAACACCCGCCCUCUCCUCUCACCUUCAAACUGUUCAAGGAAGAAAGCCAAACAUUGUGUCAUCCCAAAGACUCACAAAUAUAAUGAGACUCUGAUUUUCACCAGUCAAAUCAGGUUAAGCUUAUUAAUACAACGUUUGAGUGAGUAACACUUUUUCUGUUCAAAAGCACAACAAAUUCCUACAUAUACAGAUAUAUAAUACAUAUAUAAUACAGAAUAUUAAUAUAGUAGUAAACAGUCACAAUGACUUACUCGAAUAUCAAUAUUUGAAUGUCGAAGUUCAGCAGCUGUCUGAUCAGAUUUUCCUUCCUGACUGACUCACCUUGUCAUGGCUUUAUGACUCCUUACAGCAGCACUUCACUUUUUUUAAGGGGGUUUCUUACCCUUCAGUUCACCACAUACUGUGAUCGAUUACCGUCUGGCACUUAAUUGACUUUCACAGAAUUGCUAUAUCAUGGUAUUAAUGUUAUCAUGGGAAAUACGCUGGGUAAUAUUUCAUGUUCUAUAGUGUAACACCACGUUGUAUCAUACCAUAUAUCAUAUUUCAUGUAUCAUAUUAUAUUGUAUCGUACUUUAUGUCAUACCAUAUCAUAUAGCAUAUCAUAAUCAUGUCAUAACCUAUCGUAGCAGCCUAUCAUAUCCUGUAAUAAAUUGUAUCAUAUCACAUUUACUAUAUAGCAUCAUAUCUUAACAUAUGAUAUCGUAUCGUUUUGUAUUGUGUAUCAUUACUGCAUGGCUUUUCCGCGAGUUGUAGUGUAUCAUAAGGUACCACAACAUGUUGUCUCUAUAAUUUCAUAUCAUCAGGUAUGGUAAGGUGGAGCAUGUGUGACCUUUUGGACAUCAGACUGUCGUUAUUGUGUCUUGUGUAUCGUUUCUAAAAAAAGAGAAAAGCUCUGAGUUUAGAUCGUAAAGCAUCAGCAGCCUGUAAAAGCUGACCCUUAAAGCUAUGAGGUUUCUCAAGGUUGUUUUUACUUUUCCAUCACAGUCAGGUCAGGAUGACGGUUUGUUUUCAGUGCUGCUGCAUCUGUAGUCGACCCUUGACCUUGCUGACGGAGCUGAUGAUGAUAGGGGAAGGUCUGCUGACUUCACACACAUACAGGAGAGAGUUUUUACUAAAAACUUGAUGAGAUUUCUCUGAACUGCUAUGCGGGAAAGAAGGAAGUGAGGUACUGUCUCAUGAUGGAUUGUGGUUUCUUUGGAGUUGUUUUAGGUCUUGUUUGCUUGCUGAUUACCCAACUUUGUAUCUGGCGAAUGACUCACAUAUUCAGCAGAGGGUACUCGAGCACAAAACAGAGCAUGUAUCUGAAUUGCAGACACACUGAGAAUACACUCACUUUCUUCUUUUUGCAUCUAUAUCUCUGUAAUGUUAGCAGAGGUGGCUUUCUUAGCUGCUGCCAGCGGAGCCAAUUACUUAAUAAUGAUUUACCAGUCAAGUGUUAUGGUGUUUGAGUGACAGGCGGACAGAUGGCGGCUGCUGUCGACGCUCUCCUCUUAAUUAUAUCACCACUUAAUCUGCUCCUUGUUCAGAGUUUUAUUACUCCGAUGACACGUCUGCAUUUACAUAAAGCUUUCUAUUCUAAUAAUACGACCAAAUGAUCAUGAAGUCUGGAUGCUUUUAGCCUGUGCAGGCGGAGAACUUUCUCUCCUGAAGCCGAACUGACAGUUUUAAUUGACACAUAUUACAUAAGAGUGCAGUCACAGACAGACAGACAUUCACACUAAGGAACAACCAGACAGCAGCAGAGACAUAACAACAAAUCAGCUGUGGGUUAACAUCUCCGUCUUAUCUGCAGGGACAAGAGACGCCUUGUGCUGCACAUUGGCCACUUACAGCAGGGUUAAUAUAGUUCAAGAGCUGUGUAAUUAAUCAGUCUGAGCACGCCGAAUAGGCGAUAAAGCACCUCCAUGACCUCUGUGAAAGGUGUCAAUCGUUUAGUUUCGCUGCUGUUAAAAUGCAGACUCUGUCUAUGGAGUAUACGGCAGCAUAUGCUGCUCCUAAACGUGAUUAUAAUGGAGCCUUCACAGAUGUUAAAGCUACCCAUGACAAGGAUUCUGAUGAUCCCUGUACCUUCAAGGAUACUGGCUCUGAACCGGAAGCUGAUAACAAGCCAAGUGGUCCCUCUGGGGUAGUUUUCCAUUUUAUCCCAGUCCAUCUUAUGGGGGCUCAGGUCCAGAGAAGUCUUUCUUGCAUAGUACAGUUUUAACCUGCAUUUGUGUUCAGAGAUAGUGGUUUGAAGAAGGGUUUUUUGAGCCAGUAUGUGGUGAAAAAGGCGAAACAAAGCCCAGGAUCUGUAAAGAUAAGAUUGUAUUUGCACCCACAGCAGAGCCUCAGAGACAGACCGACUCUGAUCACGUCUCUGUCUGCAUGUGUGAGGUUCCUGAUCUUCCUGUUGAAGCUCAGUGCAGCUGUUUGGAUGAUUUACACAACAUCUGGGCUCUGCUGCAGGCCUGGAUUAUGACACACACACACACACACACACACACACACACACACAAUCAUUGUCGGUGAAAACGGUGCACAGCGCUCGGUUUCACUAAAGGAAUCUAGCGGAGUCCAGGCCAACUCGGAUGCUGCAGAGGUCCGUGCAGAGCUGACGCAGGGUGUUAGGUGUUCAUGUGGAAAUUUCCAUCAGCGCAGCAUUUUAUUGUGGGUGGACAGUGAGUUAGGGGCAUUACCCAGCAUGCUCUGCCAGACUGGAGUCCAUCAGGCCAGUGCAACACUCCUAAACCCAGUUUUUCUUCCACGAAACAAAGCUGAUCUGUGCUCGUUCAUCUCCCUCAGACACAAAUCAAAGCGUCUUUACCACUGCUUAACGAAAUCCAGCUGAGUUUUAAUCAGCUAAAAACAGACACAUUACCUAAAGAGUACUGGAGAGAGAGAGAUUAAUGGGUCAGUGUCAAACACAGAGGCUGCUUAACUGAGUCUACACCUGAGUUUUUCUCUGUGUUACAGCUCUUGGUCAUUUUUAGACACUCUAACACUUAGAGGUUGAUGUGGAUGGUGCAAUUGUUACACAAAACUCAAAGUGGAGGGACAUGUAUGAUGAGAGUCUUUCCCAGUGAUUAUCCAGCCACUAACUAAAGAUACAAACAAAUUGACGUGUCUAUUAGGUAGUCAAACAAAAUUAUAAUGUGGAUUUGCUGUAGAUUUUUAGUCAUCAAUCAAGCAUUUUCAUAUAGUUUUUUGAGUCCAUGUUAAUCAUUUAAAAUUGUUUAGAUUUAAGAAUCAACUGGAUGCAAUAAAUUGUGCUUUGUAAUCUUAACUGAAACCCUGAUUUAGAGGGGGGAGUCAGUGUCAGAGAGUUUAUUCUGUCAAAUUCAGAGUUUAUUUUAUUAUUUAUAAAGAUUAACACUGUUACGCAUGAAGAAAUCUGCAGGUGUCCAUAUAAGAAAUGUAUGUAAUUGACAGUAGGGUGAUUUUAUUUAGGGAUAAUUCGGAUUUGCCACGGAUAAUCAAGGAUCCCUGCAAUGCAAAAGCAUUUGCACUUUUCAGGAGUUCCAUGUUAGUUACCUUCUCUGCUUUUUUGUGUUCAAAUCGAUCCCCAGAACUACAAAUGUACACCCAGCCUGGUUAUCUGUCUGUUUGUCUGUCUGCAGUAUCUACAGUAUAUACUGUAGAUACUGCAUAGGCUGUUAUUCUAUUUAUUAGACCACUUAUUUAUUAUUUUAUCUCUUUUUAAGUGAUAAUUUAAAAAAACAACAACUGAGAACUGUGUUUCGCCCCAUUAUGAUUUUUGUUCACAGUGUAAAUAACAACAAAGUGAGUCUGUGAAUGUGGUAAAAUCAUGUAAAAAUUUCAACAAAAAUUAGAUUUUUUUUAUAACACCUGAAGAAGGUUUGUAAAUUUUUUUUUAAAUACUGAAAAUGAAGCUGAUUUGUACAUUUUUCAACUAAUUUCAGCAUGUAAAUUUGAAGGAGGUUUUGCAAGGCUCAAGAAUUGCCGUGAACAUGUUUGUUAAAUUAAAUUUGCUGCACUGUCACCUCUCUGCGUCCUGUCUUGUACACAUUUUCCCCCCUUAAUGUUAAUUAUGUCUGUGUGUCUGCACGUUAGUAUUAAACUGACCAUCCUGAGGGCGUCAAUGGGAGUGUUCAUUGCUCUUUAAAUGAGUCUGCUGUGGUGAACUUCAGCCUGCAGUCUUUCUCUCAUUCAGAAAAUCCUCUGAGACUUUAUUUCUGUUCAAGGUCUCUGCUGCUGCUGCAGCGAGUCAUCACCUCUGGUUAUAUAACCUCUUGUCUGCACUCAGAUUUGUUUAAUCUGACAUAUUCUGGGGCAGACUCAGUUGUUUGUGUAGAUUUAAAGACUCACUUCCUCGGCAUCAGUGUUUGUAUUUCUGCUCCUCUUUGUGUCUCUGCGUCUUUUUACCUCCUGUGAUGUUUGUCAGGGGUAUCUGUAGACACAGCAAAGGAGGAACAUUCAGACCGCUCCUCUCUGAGUCAGCGCUCUCCUUCACGUCCUGAUGACACGGCUGAACCUCGGGUCAGCACGGGGAGCGCUAGGGGAGCAGGAGGAUCAGGAUCUGGGCCAGCAGGAGAGGAGCUCUGUGAGGGUUUCUUUCAUGGUGCAGAGUGAUCACACCUUUAAAGAGGAAGGCAGAGAGGGGGGUCUCAUUGUUUGUGUGACUACGGGUCUGUUUGUUCUGAAAACAGGAUCUGUGCACUCGCUGAUCUCAGAGGCGACAAAGUUUCUCCCAGUGUUAUGUAACCUGAGGCUGUUCUGACAGGUGGAGCAGAGAAAACUGACAAGAAGCUGAAAUAGAAAUUUUGAUUCUGCUGCUCCGUUUGUAAAGAGAGUUCAGCGACGAGGUCAGGAAAAUAUAUUCUUUACAAACAUCCGUCUGUGAAGUUGUAAGCUGCAGUGAUUUCUGCAGCUUUAAAACAAGCAGGGUGAUUUUGUAGCUCCAGUAAACAGAAUUUAUCUUGCCUGCCAGUGUAGAUGGUUUCUACGUUUGUUGUCCAUAUGCCUGCAAAUGCACUAAAGCCAUUACGGCUGUGUUGCACAAAUCAAGACAUUAAAUACUUAACAGUGGACUCAGGUUAGAAAUGAAACAACAGAUCACCUCUGAGUGUGCAGAAAGCUCUCAUACAAGUUGAGAGGAAGUUCAGUCUGAAGUGUCUGCAGAGGCUCAGAGGUUUCCACACUCACUCAGAUCCAUUUUCACCUCUAAGCCUCUUUAUCCUUCACCUACUGUACUCACUGCUGCUUCCUGAAUAUUUAUCAGCAGCUGCUUUAAUUGAUUCUCCUCCCAGUCUCAGCAUAUGACGGAGUAUGUGUUUAGCAUGACAAGCUCUUUGCUGGCGAGGAGAAUCAAAAGUUACACCAAUUUGGUCCUUACUGCUCACUGCAGGACUCUAAUGCUCACCAGUCUUGUCUUAGCUUGCAGUAAAAACAGUAACAGUGUAACGAUAUCAAUAUCAUUAUUAUUAUCCAAUAGGCUCCAAACACCAGCAUGUUGGAUUUGGCAAAAAAUCCAACAUCCUCCACCUGAUCAAACCGGUAUCUUCUAUGCUGGAUUUGCAGUGUUGUUUUUGGGGUUUUGGCCAGUCUAAAUUUAACACAGCUGAGAGUUUCACAUGUUCAAGCAUGACUCAGAGCAUGGUUAGGUAUGCUGAGAGGCAGGUGUAUUGUAUCUGUUUGCCAGGAGGCUAAAGCCUUGCCUCAAAUCCACCUUUACCUGGCCUUAGACAGAUCUGCUGUUUGGCUGAGUCAGUUUUUCCAGUAAAGGAUUCAUCUGCGAUGUUUCAGAGCUUCAUCAGAGACCAGUGGCUGACAUCAUUGAUGUUUUAAACAGACUGUGAUUUUGACAUCCUUGCUUUUUGUGCCAACAGAUUGUAAAACAGUAUGUAAUUUGAUAAAUGAUCUAUGUAAACAGACUGUGAUUUUGACAUCCUUGCUUUUUGUGCCAACAGAUUGUAAAACAGUAUGUAAUUUGAUAAAUGAUCUAUGUAGGCAUGUAAGCCUCUGCUGACCUGCAAGCAGAGUAACAUAAUCUCCAUGUCAGAGAGUCCAGGAGUUCAGGAAGUGCUCUCCUCACCGAUGAGUUCGCCCUUUGCAGCCUUCGCAGCAUGACGUGUACAGCCAUGUAUAGGAUGUGUGUUGUAACCUCUCCAUGUUCUCCUCAGUAAGUGCAGCCUGAUUGCAUUACACAUGCGGCUGGUGCAGGUCACUGUGCCCCGGCUCAAUAAUGUGGAGAGGUAACCGAGCUCUUGUAAGGCCCAGCAGUCCCUCUCUAAUAGAAUAGCCUGUUAUGCAAUGAGAUUUUCUGUGUGGCUGAUUUUGGAUUAGUAGGUUAGAGGUGAGCGCGGUCAAAGCUUUGCCUCAACUUCUUUUCAUCGUGUUGCACCACAGAGAAUCAGUUUAGCAUAUGUUAAUGCAGACUGAGACCAGUGUGCAUGAGAAUAAUGUCUUAUGUAACUCUGUGAGGCUGCACUGGUUCACCUUCGCCUCUAAUACAAUAAAGCUCGGAAUAAAAGAUUGUCAGUGUCAACGCGCUUUAGGGAACUGAGUUAAUUCUUCUCUUGAAAAAGACCAUAAUCCAAACUAAGUACUGAGAAAAGCUUUUCUCUCUUCAGCAACAAAUUGUAUUGCCAAGCGGUUCCUCCAGCGAGCCAAGAGCAGGCAGGAAAUAUACUGCUUUUAUUGUGCUGACUGUUGGUCUGGAAAAUCAUUUCAAGGUAAACAGAUAAAUGUUUACUGGGUUGUAAAGGCCCCUCCUUCACAGAGCAAUAAUGUGUUGGUAGAUAAGAUUUAGGACACCAGCAUCAAAACACCUCAGUAAGAGUCUGUCAGAGUUUCUCAGCUCUCUACCAAGCUUUAAAUUCACCCUGAGGAAAUGUGUUCUGGAGUUCUGGGAGAGGUACCAGCAUUUAUUAUGACCUUUUGCAGCAGAUUUUUUUUUCUAAAGUUCUUUAACUCUCAGCUUCUCCUGCAAAGAUCUCUUCUCGUCCAGCAUACUCAAUCUUCUCCUGCAAAAGUCAAAAUGUUCUUGAACAUCAGUAGUUCUAGGAUCUUUUCCAAAGAUCUCCUCUUAAACACUAUGAGGCCUUUGUCUUUAAUACCAAAAGGGCUUUACUCUCCUUUUAAAGUAGGAUAUUUUAGCAGUAAAAUCAAAGAUGCAGUUGCCACAUACUGUGAAUAUUAUUGUGAAACACUUUUACAUAAAUGAGCUUUAAAGAGUGUUAGAUUGGUCCAACGUCAGCCACGUAAACCAGACAAGAGCCAUUCAGUAGAACAGUAUUUGCUUUGUUUACUUCAGUGCCAAAGAGAAAAUUAUUUAAAAUCAGGAUUGAGUUUGAUGCCAAGUAGGUCAAAGUGUAAAGAAGUUGAUAAUGGUAUUUUUUGGUAAAUAAGGAACAGAAAUAGGAAGAAAAUAGGAAGCUCUGCCUGUUUAGAAUAAAUGAAAACAAACAAACAAGCAAAAAACAGGAAACACUCAAACUAAAUGUUCAGGUGUGUGUAGCAGGAUGUGAGUGCACCACAAGCCUGUAGCAUUAACUGUACAGUAGUGCAAUAUUAACCAACACUUACCCAGUGUGUGUAAAUAUAACUUGUAGGGUCAGUUUAAGAGGCUUUAUGUUUGCUGUUGUGCAAUAAAUAUGUUAAUGUAAACCUCUUCCUCUCUGUCUGUUUUAGCAUCAAGUUACUGGCGGUGCAGGACCUGCUGGAGCGGGAGGCUCUGGAUAAGGUAAAGUGGAUCUCUGUGUCUCACAGCUCACGCUGCUGUUACUGAGCGUGUCGAAGGCUGCUUUGAUUUGUAGAGUUAUGAAGGAGGUGACUCACCGCUCAGACAAAUGCACUCACAAACUCUCACUCAGAAUUUUCCAUUUAUUUAAUGUGUCGUUGUUUUGCAAAUGUCCCAUCUCUCUCUCUCUCUCUCUGUCUCUCUCUCUCACUCUUUCGCUCUCUCUCCUCUCUGUGUCUCCUGAGUGUGAGCGGCCUGUAUUCCUCAGGUUUGAACUGUGUUAGCGCUCUCCUGUGUGUUCAGGGCUAUAAAUACAACAGAGGUGGGUUAGAGGGUGUUCUCCUCAGAGUCAGUUAUCAGGACUCAUCGGAUUCUUAUUUGGUGCAGAUUUAUGAUUUAUUUACUGAUGCAUUUAAGAUGAAAGUCAGUGACACUUUUUUUUUAUUGUCUUGAGAUGUUGUUUCUUCCAGCUGGGCUGGUGAAUUUUGCCUCCGUCGUCUGUCCGUCAGCCUCCAUCCUCCAUCCAAACCUUCUUCCUCGAGUUAAAGGUGGGGUAGGCAGGAUCAGAGGAAGUGCCAGUUUUUGGGGAGAAAUCUUGAAUGUAAACUCUACCCCUCCCAACCAGUUCUCCCCUCAGCUCCUCCUCUCGCCUCCCUCAUUGCUCCAGCAAGCCCCGCCCACAAACAGACGCUCCUGCUCGCUCGUAUCGUUCCAAUUAAACUCAGAUAUAAUGCCGAUAAAUACUUCAGAUAAUUACAAAUGGAGCCCAGUCAACGGGAAAGUAAAAAGCAUUGGUGCUACUGUAGAUGCCAACAGACUACCAGCAAACACAAUAUUUGCAGGACUUCUACAACUAGGAUGAAGUGACAUAGUCCAGGACCCGAGGUAAACAGUGUAGCGGCGCUACAACACGCAGCAGGUCCCGUUUGACAAGAAACACUUCUGUUACAGACACUUGGCUUACUUUGUUAUAGCGGUUUACCUGUCCAGCAGAAAGGUUAGAGUGUCUGUAAGAUCCCAAAGCGUCCCCCAUCAUUGUUGAGUCGGCUUCUUAGCCUUUGUCUGGUCUAUCUCCGUUUAAGCGCCAGUAUUCUGCCAGAGUCUCAGGUAUUUACCUCUUUUUAUUGCUUGUGUUUUCUGUACUUUCUGGUUGGUUUCUACUGUCCGAUGUUGUAGCACGCUAACUUUGUUUGGGCUUGUGAUCGACACGGGGGAGCAGCGUCUGCCUCAAAACCAAUCAGGUCAGGAGGUGGAGAAUGACUUUGUUUACAGUCAGAAAAAGCGGGGCAAUCAAAAAAUUUUAAAUGUUGACUACACAGACAUAAAACACAGCGAUAUUGUUAUAUUACCAAAUGUCAUCAAUAACUAAUAGCUAUUGACUGAUAUUAAAGCUUUUUUUGUAUAUACACCACAAAAAAAGAUGCUUCUUAAACAGAGUCCUGCCUACCCCACCUCUAAUACCUCAACAGAGUUAGAGUGGAUAAAGCAGCAGCUAAUGCUAAUGCCACAACAGACUGGUUUGCCAGAUCUUUGUUCCUCCAAAGCUCAUUAUUACUGAAAGAACUGCUCAAAUUUCAAGGUGCCAGUUUCAAUAAACUCAAAUAAUAUCGGUAGCAUGAAAAGAGCAGUCAGCGCUCCCACUCACUCAGCAGAAAAGUAGGUCGACUGCUUCAGUUCUACGCUGAUGUCAGUGUAUCAGUGAAAUGUCAGAGUUCAGCGGGGCACUCUUAGCGGCAUGCUGUAUUCCUGCUCAGCCUACACACUUGUUUGCAUACCUGUAGUGUCACCCUCAGGAUGGGACACCAAGUGGAUCUUUGGCAGAGGAAUCAGAGAACGGUGGAGAGGGAAGUAGGUCAGCAGCGGAGUAUUUUAGAUGUAGAACGCAAGGUAGUGGGAGGACGAGUCAGCUCUGGACAAGCUGUAGCCCACAUGGCAGUGUUUCCAGGCUGCCAGCCUCCCACACUGGUCCUCUGCCUGUUUGCCCGUCUCCUCUGUCUUAGUCAUUAGCUCCCUCUCUUUUUAUCUUCCAUCCUUUCACUUUCUCUUCCUGCGGAGUGCAUCAGGAAAGUUUUACAUUCUCUCAGAUCUGUACUUCACACGCUGCAGUAAAACUUGCAAAAGGCUGAAAACUUUUCCAUCUCAGUUCUUUGAUUUUGUCCUAAACUCAGAAGAGACCGCGAAAAAGACUCGCCAUAAAGUUUUAAAGAGCUUUACAUUACCCCAGCUGACUGCUGAGUUUUACAAUCCUGAGGUUUCUUUAAAGUAAAAAACAAUAUCACCAAAUCAGGUUUGUUUUGGGGCUCUAAAAUAAUUAUUUAUGAAAAUCACGAUUAAUCACAUUAUUUCAAUAGUUAAUCCCUUUUAAUUGCAUGUUUACAAUUCCUUUUUUGUACCUUUUUUGUAACAUUUAAAUUCUGGGGCACUGAUGGCCUAGGGGUUCAAGUACUCUUCAUAUGGAGGUCGUGGUCCUCCUCUCAAAGGUUUGCUUUGAUUCCCAACAGUGACCCACAUUUCCUCUCUGUCUUCAGCUGUCCUCACUUAUUUAAGGGAAACUGCCCAAAAACAAAACUUUGAACAAAUAAAUGAGUUGUUAUUUCUUUGUUGAUUUCAAGAUCAACACAGAAUUUACAUCAUGAUCUUGGUUUUUAGAUUUAUUAUUCAAAUAGAUGCUGCACUGCUCCACCAGUGUGGACUGAAACCAGUACUCAAAGGUAGAAAACAGCUUUAAAUUUCAAAUACAGGUUUAUUUUACUCAUAGGAGCUGGGGGAGGAGAGAAGAGAGCAUGGAGAGGAGGCAGGUGUGUGUAUCUGCGUGUCUGAAAAGCUAAGGGACAGAAUGAACAGGAUGAGAGCGAGACAGGCUUCAGAGAUCUCACCUGUGUAGAAGCGAUAGCGAGCUGACAUCAUUGUUAUCAUUCUUGAAUCAUAAUUAAAUCCUUACCAAAAUCAAGUCAGAGCCGAGCUCCAUGAAAAUACAGACAGGAUGAUUCACACUGUCAUACAAAUGCAGCUAUGGUAAUAAAAUGUCCACAGUAUAAACUCUGAAGCUGAUUUCGCUGUAACUUUGGUGAACGAGGGGGAAAAAAAUGUUAUUAGUAAUACCAAGAGAGUGAGCCAGUUUUAGUCUGUUGUGCCCCUGCUGUUUGGUCACUAAGGAACUCUGUGGUUAGGUUUCAUACUCGUGAUUCAGGAUAUGUUCAAAGACCUUUAUGGUUACGAUCAAACAGGCUCUGAGCAGAUACAAUAAUAAAGAGGCACUAACCAAACAAAUGAACACUCUCUCUCUUUCUCUUUCUCUCUCUCUCUCUCUCUCUCUCUCUUUCUCUCUCUUUCGCUCUCUCUCUUUCUCUCUCUUUUUCUCUUGGCGAACUCAAACACAGCUCGUUGGCUCUCUUCUAAAGGUUCACUGAGUUCAGUGUUGUUCUCUCCUGUUCUGCUCCAUUCGUUCAUCCUGUUUCUAAAAAGCAGCAGUUUUUGUUGCUCAUGUUUCAUGUUUGUGAAUUUACCGGCUGCACUGACACGGGUUUAUUGAAUCAGCCUUAUUAGACUCAGAUCUGUUCCUACAACAGUCAAUCUCAUCCUAGUGUAGAAAAAAAAAUACUGUAUAUCUAAUCAAAAGUCAAACAUGCUCCGGUGUUUAUGGUCGAAAAGCUGAAGACAUCAAACAGGUGAUUUGCAGUUCUUCCUGCCUAAACAGACAGUAUAUUAAAGAUAUUUUAAGGAUGGAGAACACAUGGAGCAAUGAUUAUUUUACAGAGGUUAAACCUUCAUUUCACCAAAUCCAAGGGUACAUCCAUGGUUAAAACAAAUAUUUAACAACUGAUAUUCAAGAAGAAAUCCCCUUACAGAAGUGAGGUCGAAAAAUGAAAGUGCAACUAGAGCCUGAAGUGAGCUGAUCCAAGCAAAUGUCACAAGAAGACUCAGUACAUUAAGAAAUACCCCAAAUUAUCCCCACAUCAAAUAAAAUCAGUACAAGUACAAACUCAACAGACAGCAGCUGUGCCAAUGAUGACAGCACCAAAAUCCUAGUGCUGCAGCUUUAGUGAAGGCUCCAUUAAUGCUGAACAAUAUCUACAGGUUUAGGAGCAACAUCUGCUGACAUCCAGACAAAGACUUUUUUCAGGAAGACCUUCAUAUUUCAGGAAGACAAUGACAAACCACAUUCUGACAACAGGGAUUACAACAGCAUGGCUCUGUAGGAGAAGAGUCCUGCUGAGAAACUGGUCUGACUGUAGUCCUGACUUGUCUCCUGUCUAAAACAUUUGGAGCAUCAUGACACCAAAAUUAUCAUUAUGGUGGUAAUAAAAGUGUAAAAAUGCAUGGCCAUUUUUAAUGAAGAUGGGAGACUAAAUUUCAGGUGUUGUUGCUGAUGCAGCUACUCUGUCCUGUGAUGUAUUUACAGAAACAGCCUCUAUCUGUGCUGCUGAUAAACACUUAAUCUUCUGAUCAGAUAAAUAAACUCUGGCAGUAAAAACAGAAACAUGUGCCUCAGUGUUUUAGUCCUGUACCUGUUCUUGUCCAGGUGUCUCAGGUGGACUCUCCAGCCCCGCACACUUCUCUCCAGGCUCUCUGCCAGACUCUUAUUACUGCAUGCUGUGCUGCACUUUGGUCCUCUCAGGGUGAAUUAUGAAGCCAGUUUGUGUUUUGGCAGAUCUAUAUAUGUGAGUAAUCCAUCGUUGUACACUUUGAGGGUCAGUGGUCUCAGAGGACUACCCCUGAAAAUAAAUCCUGUUCGGGGUUUUAACCUCCUGGCUGCCUGAAAUGGCUUUAUUAUUAAUAUAAUAACUUAUUCAGCAAUGAGGCAGCGAGGACAGACUGCAGUCCUCUGUGUCCUCUCUCUCCGAGUCGAUCAGUUUUAUCUCAAUCAGCUGGAAUAAAAAGACAUAAAUUUGCCUGAAAGGACUCUACAGACCGGGACUGAAAACUUUGGCCUGUGUCUGUGAUUUAUGAGCUCAAUCUGCACAGUCUGAUCAUCAGGAAAGACCUGAGUGCCCACAGUGAAUGUGCCAAAUCAGUACGAGGCAAUGACAGUUCAAUAGAAUUUAAACACAAUAUCCAUGAAGGUCUUCAAAUCUGCAUGGUUGUGCUCAAGUGGUCUGUGAUCCAUCAGUGCAGGUUUCCUCUUCCUUUUCAGGUGAACAAUAUUAGCUGGGAUGCUCCUGGUGAACAGUUCAGCAAGAUCCGUUUCUUUUGUCUCCUGUUCUGUUUUGGCUCUCAUGAUCUAACUCCCACAGCUGAGUUAUGUGGCCAAAACGGGGUCCCCACCUCAGCGUAGAUACCUGUAAUCUUGUAGCUGUGCAGGCAGUUGGUGCUCAGAGCUAACAGACUCUGUAUCUUUGUUUCUUUGUGUCUGUCAGACUCAUAAAAUAUCUAUAUUAGAUGCUGAAUUCACGCUUGACGGUAAGCGGAGCCUGACCAUGCUGACUAACAAAUUAAAAGGACAUGUUUGUGUUUUUGUCUUUCAGUGAUUAUUAAGAGAGUUAAAUAGACCCUUUACAAUUGAAUUGGUGACGUCCAACAGCUUUCACACAGCGUCUGUCUGACUGUAGAAGAGAUCUGUUAUUGUAUUCCCUAAAAUUUGUUGUAUACAGCCUCUCUGAAUGUUGGUUGUUGAUGUUGUUUUGGUGUGGCCCCCGAUUGACGGGGUCACAGUGAUGCGUUCUUGCUGUAGGUGCGGUCCCUCCGACUCUCCUGGCAUCCCACGGUGGCCUCUUAGGUUAAAUUUAGAUCCUGCAGCAGGUCAAACAGAGCAGGACCCCCCGGGUCUCCACUUCUUUUCCUCUGCUCCCUUAAUUCCUUUCCUUCCUCCUCUGUCUCUAAUUUCCACAGUAACUAACCCGAGGCCAUUUCUGUAAAACAUUACAGCACCCUCUCAGUAAUGUUGACACUGAGGCUUCCUCUUUCUGCCUAAAUUUCCUCCCUGAGAUCGACUCGGGCUAUUCCAGUUCACUGAACUCUGUUUUGUUUCUGCUGCAGGCCAGUUGGUCUGCCCUCCAGUGUUGGAAUAAAGUAUGACAGUUUGAUGAGCUGCACUGGGUCAUGAGUUGCAGACCGAUUAGAUGCUCUUGUCGAGAUAGAAUAAGUUUUGUUAGACUUUAAUUAUCAGAUAAACAUGAAGAGGUUUUAAUACAGUCACCCUUCAGGCUGUAGAUUCAGGCUCCUCUGAGUGUUUCUGUGAGUGUUCAGGAUAUCAUGCCCUAAUUAUCUGAAUUAUAAACACACAUUAACACUGAAGGUGCUCCAGGCUUUGUGUAAAUAUUUAGACUGAAAUUUUGCUAAGUAACUAAUGUUCACCGCUCAUAUUUUUUUCUUUUUUGAGUUAACAGAACAAAAGAGCUCUUUGGUUCACAUUUUCAUUAUUUUCUUGAGUCUCAGGACACAAAAACCCUCCAGUGACAUGAAUCAUAAUAUGUAUUCAGGCUGAUUUCCUUUGAUGGCGAGUUAAUUUCAGCAGUUACCUCAGGGUCUAAAACUAAAUAAACAUCGCAUGAUCACAACAUGUCUCCCAACUGUUAGAAAAGCAAAAAACAAAAGUCUCUCUCACUUAUGAUAUUCUGAGGACAGGACAUUUCUGAACAUUUUCAGGACUCUGACCCUAAAAAUGUCAAAAGUAGCUUGUUCACACGUGUCUCUCAGUGGGAAACUUUGGAGGAAGUUGCAGUUGACUGGACUGGUUCUCUUUGUAUCAUGCUGACAGAAGUUUUGUGGUCUCAGUCAGUGAAUCUGUGUUUCACACAUCUCCUUUAACAUGUGGUAUAUCACAGGGCUCAGUCCUGGGUCCCUUACUGUUCUCCCUGUAUCUGCUUUCUCUGGGAAACAUGAUACCCUGACUUUGAUAUAACAUAUCAUCUUUAUACAGAUGGUUUACAGCUUCAUUUUACAUUUGAAGACAGGAAAAAAAUUGUGUCUACGUGUUGCUUAAAAACUCUUUUUUGUCUGUUGUGUUGUUGCAGUUCUGUACGGAGUUGAAUCAAGGAACUCUGGCCAGUGUACGAAGGUGGAAAGGCCCACGAGGACUGUGGAAAAGUGUUGUGUCCGAAAAACCUACUGCACACUCCAGCAAGGUACGGUUUCUAUUCUGAUUCCUCCCUGUAUUUUCUUAGUUAAGGACUAAAUUUACUGAAUAAGAAAAUGAAACAGUUUACAAAUGAGGCAGAAUUAUAAAAAAAAAAUUAUCCUCAAGCUUGAAUUUAAAAGCAAAAGCUUGAAACAAACUCUCUGCUGUUUUACAACCUGAGCUGCACUCUGCAGAAAAAACAGAAAAACAAAAAAAACAGCUGCAGGAUAGAAAAGGUCACCUGAGGGAUUUUCUAUCACACAGAGCCAAACUGUAUUUAAUUUCAUACAGAUCUUUUUUUUUUUUUAAUUUAAUUUAAAUGUUAUUUUUUUAUUUUUUUAUUUUUCAGAUUUUAAAGAAGAGCCCCCUAAGAUUCAGUGUCUUAUGAAAAGGUUUAUUCUCCUUUUAGUUUAAUUUCGGACAGCUGCAGCAUUGCACACAGAACAAUGUAGAAGCAACAGCCAUUAACUUUGCAAAGAGGAUUUUUAAUUGUUUGUUUUGGACAAGCUGCACUGCUUCACUUUAAUAAAAAGUGUCCCCUCUUCACUGGGCUUAUCUUAUUUUAAUUAGAUAUGGAUUAAAUUAAGCUCUGUCAGGAUAAGAGUGCAAAGUGAAGCUCCGUACAGCGGAGAAUGAGAUGCCAACAGUCUGUGGACAGACUGUUGGCACAACAAAGAGCAAACUGCAUUGAGCUGCAAAACUUUACAGGCAAGCUGACUGUGCAGCAUCAAAAGUGUAGCAAGAACAUGAAGCCACAAUCUCUGUGUUCACAAUCCUCCAGCUGGGACGUCAGAGUAAAACAUGUCAGUAAUACCAUCUAAAGCACCACAAGUGACAUGCGUCUCACUGGUUUAACAUGAGAUCUAUCAAGCUCAUUUAUGAGUUGUCAUUGUGCUGCUCUAUCUUCAACUAGUUAAGCUCUAGAUUCACACAUUGAAGUCUUGACCUUUCAUCAGUUUCAACACAUCCUGCUUUGGUUAUUUUUACCCCUCAUUGUUCAUUCAUGAACUCCACAUGAUGUUCUUGUGGAGUACUUUUCUGUCUAAACAUUAUUUACUUCAUUCUCCGUAUCAUCAGAGUUCACUGCUUUAAAAUCAGUCAGGGGUCAUCAUUAUAAAACCCUCUUUUUUAAUGAACUGAACAAACAGCGGUCUGAUAACCAACACAACCGUGUUACAGCAUCUUGAAACACUAUGAUCAGUGUUUGAUAUCAGACCCUCAGGCACAGUGAACUGCACUAACCCAACUGAGAAUCACCUCAAGGCUAAAACUGUGCUGUCGAAUAUAAUCCAGUUAAGCCUGGAUCAGAAAAACCGUGUACCAUUAGAUUAUAAUGACUGCGUGUCCUCUGUAUCUCUGAACACAGUGAUCAAUAACUGUUUUUCAGUCUAGAGUUGAGUGCGGGUUUAUUUAAUGCUCGGAGAGAACACUUUUAUAUUUAUAGUUCUGCUGUUAAAUCUUAUACCCUUUGCAUCAUAUUUUCAAUAAAAUCAAAUACAUACAGUCAUUCAACUUGUUCAAUGAUAAGUAGGAAUAAGAUGCAUGUAAAAAUGGUGCAUUAAAGUAAGUAGAGCAAAGCAGAAGAAAUAAAGGAACACUCUGACAUGCACCAACCAAACAUGAGCAACAAAAUAAAAAAGCCCAAAAGAAAGCAAAUAAACUCUAAAUGUGUCCAAAUCUGUCCUUUAAAUUUUAAAUAAAAAGAAGAAUAAAAGGAAGAACAUGAUUUCAAACUUUCGCAGCUGUAUUUAUGUUACUGAAUAUCUGACUCCAUUUCCCAUAAUCCUCUUCUCUCAGGGUGUGAGCUACUCUGGCUUUCUGUGGGACAGUUCAUCUGGUGUUGAGCUGAAGGAUGCUGUGGUCCUUGAAUCUCCAGUCGUCAACGGCAACGGGAAUCAUUCCCAUCCCAGACUCUACCUGGCUCACUUUUCUGUGAGUAACCACUCCCACAAGAAACACAUGAGGAAAAUUUUCUAUCACUGAAACAUGGAGGCGCUUUUAGGUUGAGUAAAAGGCUUAAGAAGUGGAUCACAUUAAAACAGCUAUUUAAAAGUUGCCAGAUCAGGAGUUUUUACUGAGCAGUUCAGUUUUGGAUCAACCUGAUCCUGAUUCAGGAUUAUAUGGACCCAAAAAAGUGCUUUAAACAAGCAGAUGUAACAUAUAUGCCAGGAGCGCCAGAUUCCACUCAAACUGUUAUACAGGAACUUUUAUUCUAAUGGACCACUAUGGCCUCUACUACUCAUGAUAAUAAUACCUUAAUUGAUAUAACACAUUAUAAACAAAGGUUUACAGAGGCAGAAACACAUGAGGAUAACAGAACACUUCCUGCUUUAAUGGAAGAGACUCAAAAAAGCAGGAAGUGUUCAUGACUGGAAAUCUUCAUUGUUACGUAGUCAGUUCAGUGCUUCUGACCUCUUUAUUUCAGUUUCAUCAAAACCACAUUAACUUUGAGUUCACCAUCUUUUUUGGCUUUCUUCCAUCAGGUUGGAUCGUAUGAUUUGACACUGGUGAACGUCCACAUGCAGGCCUCAGCUCCUCCAUCAGGGGAGUCCAAUGGGAAGAACCACCACACAGAGGAAGCCAAGAGUCAGCGACUCUGCCCCAGCAUCCAAGAGACACUUAAAGGUGAGUCUGUCCGAGCUCACCUGUGGGAGUCAAACACCUGUCCGACUGACAGUGAGGACAUGCUCUGAUCUUUGGUCUGUGUCUGCAGCUGAGAAGGAGCUGGUGGUGCUUGGAGACUUUGGCGGCCCUCCUCAGAGCUCAGAGCUGGACCUCUUGAGGAAGGAGAAGCUCAGCGCCCUGAUUCCCUCCACCCAGUUCACCAACAUCAGUACCCGCUCGCCACAGGGAACCCGCUGCCUGGAUAACAUCUGGCUGAGCCGCUCUUUAAAAAAGAUCUACUCAGGUGGGUGAAGUGAGAGGAAUCAUCUCAGUCAUAGGAACUAAAGCAUCUUUUCUGAUAUCAGGGUUUCCUCUCUUACCUCUGUUGGAAUUUCACCUGACAGGUCACUGCAUGGUGGUGCGGGAGGCGCUAACUAACCCCUGGAUCCCGGAUAACUGGUCGUGGGGCGGCGUGGCGUCCGAUCACUGCCCUGUGGUCGCAGAACUUUUUGCUGAUGUUUCCACAAAGGAGCUGAGCAGACCUGGGACAGCAGUUGUAGACAGAGGGGACAUUAUGCCCAAACAUGAGCGGUGACAAAAUCCUCAGCAGACACUCGUGGAUAAAAUCAGACUGAGUCCCGCCUGGAUCCUGUUUCGUGGAGGAGCUUCCUGAUGAAUGUGAUGAAGUGCCAAGAUUGCCUUUUGGUCUGAAUUUGUUAAUGUAUAAUACUAACUGGUGAGUCAUAGAGCCAUAAAAAUAUUAAGAAGAAGAAGUAUAUAUGAUGUACUUUAAAAAGAAAUGUGCCAAACAUUUUCUAUCUGUGUAAAUAAUAAAGAGAAAUUAAAUAUCUGCCUGCUGUUCCUGCUCUCAUUAAUGUAAAUAAGUGCAGUAUCUCAUCAGGAGCGUGUGGAUGGUUGAGCUAAAACACUCAAUGCUCUUUCAGUCUAGAGGAUCAUAAAGAUUGGGCUCUUAAAUUAUGUAAACCAGGCCUCUGUGAGCCUCCAUGUCCCUCUGUGAUGGAAAUGAAGAGCCAGAGAAGAGCACCAUCAGAGGACCAAGCCUCCACAGCUCACUAACCAGCUCCACAGAGACUAAAUGAAUCCCUCACUUUUUAUAUCAAUUUGUUACUACAGAGUUACAAAGAUCCAGAAACAGGUGCUUUUACAGUUUAACCUGAAGAGAUUUAUGAUGUUUGUGGAUCAUUUUGGAUUUGUACAGAGAGGUAGAUUAAAAAGAAAAAAGUUAACAAGUG